AAAUCUGCUGGUAAAAGUGUUGGAGGAAAAGGAAAAACUAAAAUAUUCUGCAAGGCAGGAAACAGAUCGCAGCCAUCUCUCCAUUGCCAGGUGAAAACACUUGUCAAAAUCAGUCAGUGACACCAUGUAUGAAUUUAUGACAAGCUGCUCCAGCAAGCUGAGAGGCCCUUGAGGCAAGAGAAAACAGGGCAAAACGAUCUCCCAACAAAAGAAUGUGUUUCUCUUCCAUUCCAGAAGUCAACAUGCAGCCUGAAUCUAACAUUACAGUUCGAGAUGCCAUUGAUGACAUCAACACCAAUAUGUACCAGCCACUGUCUUAUCCAUUAAGCUUUCAAGUUUCUCUCACUGGAUUUCUGAUGCUGGAAAUUGUGUUGGGACUUGGCAGCAACCUCACUGUAUUGGUACUUUACUGCAUGAAAUCCAACUUAAUCAACUCUGUCAGUAACAUUAUUACAAUGAACCUUCACGUUCUUGAUGUAAUAAUAUGUGUGGGAUGUAUUCCUCUAACUACAGUUAUUCUCCUGCUUUCACUGGAGAGUAACUCUGCACUGAUCUGCUGCUUCCACGAGGCUUGUGUGUCCUUUGCAAGCGUCUCCACUGCCAUCAAUGUCUUUGCUAUCACUUUGGACCGAUACGAUAUCUCUGUGAAACCAGCCAAUCGGAUUUUGACAAUGGGAAGGGCUGUGAUGCUUAUGACAUCAAUAUGGAUCGUCUCUUUUUUCUCGUUCCUGAUUCCGUUCAUCGAAGUCAGUUUCUUCAGUCUUCAAGGUGCAAAUACUUGGGAAAACAAGACACUUCUCUGUGUUAGUUCAAAUGAAUACCACACAGAACUAGGGAUGUACUACCACCUUUUAGUACAAAUUCCUAUCUUUUUCUUCACUGUUAUAGUAAUGCUAAUUACGUAUAGCAAAAUACUCCAGGCACUGAAUAUCCGAAUAGGCACAAGAUUUUCUACAGGGCAGAAGAAAAAAGCAAGAAAGAAAAAGACCAUUUCUUUGUCCACACAACAUGAGACCACUGAUGCAUCACAAAGCAGUGGAGGGAGAAAUGUGGUCUUUGGUGUAAGGACUUCAGUUUCAGUUAUAAUUGCCUUACGGCGGGCAGUAAAGCGACAUCGAGAACGGCGGGAAAGACAGAAGAGAGUCUUCAGGAUGUCGCUGUUGAUCAUUUCAACUUUUCUUCUCUGCUGGACACCACUUACAAUUUUAAACACUACAAUUUUAUGUUUGGGCCCAAGUGACCUUUUGGUAAAGUUGAGAUUGUGUUUUCUAGUCAUGGCAUAUGGAACUACCAUCUUUCACCCUCUUCUAUAUGCAUUCACUAGGCAGAAAUUUCAAAAAGUUCUGAAAAGUAAAAUGAAAAAGCGAGUGGUUUCAAUAGUGGAAGCUGACCCAAUCCCGAAUAAUGCUGUAAUACACAACUCAUGGAUAGAGCCUAAGAGGAACAGGACAAUUACCUUUGAGGACAAUGAAGUAAGACAGAAGUGUUUAGUACCUCAGGUUGUUACAGACUAGACUGCGGUAUGGUAAUCACUGAAUCAUUUAAGAGGAAAUAUAAAACCAAGUAAAAUAAAUACUGCCAAAUAAGGAUAUUUUUAAAAAAGAAAACAAAAGAAGAAUUGCCUAGACUGUAAAUGUUUGACAUGUAUGCUGAACAGGUUAGGCCUGUAUAUUUUCCUUCCUCAUUAGUCAAGAUGUAUGUUGCAUGGCAGUGUGUCAAAGUGCUAUCACAGGUAUAAUUUGUCAAUAGCCUGUCCUCCUCUACUAUACAUCAAAGUAAAUAUUUUCUUUUUUUAAAAAGCCUUAAAACAAAUGUACACUUUAAAAAGUUAUAUUUAAGUUGCUGUAAAUUUAUAAAGCUUUGUUUUUAAGCUUUC